UGGCAUCGGAAGACGACAUAAGACGGAUAGUUGAAGCCGCGAUUCAACCAAUCCAGAAGCGGAAAAUCCCGCUAUCCAAGGCAAACCUUACCGAGCUGCAAGAUAUUAUAUGGAAGAACUCUCUGAAGGAAAUAAAAUUGGACGAACGAGGGGCAAUUGGCUACACUUAUAAAACGUUGGCCUCUGGUAUUUGGGCUCUACGUCAAGGAGUAAGGGCUAUUCAAGAAAGCAAACUUGACGAAUUGCCGCGAGUGUUUGAGAAUGCCAUCUCAGAUUUAAGUUGGGCAGGUGGAGACAGUGACACCAAUGGUGCAGUUGCUGGGUCACUAUUGGGAGCAUUAGUUGGGUAUUCGAGUCUUCCUGCUCAGUGGAAAACGGAUUUGAGUGAUGUCGAUUGGCUCCUGUCCAAGGCGGAUGCCGCAACCUUCCUUAUCCUACGUCAAGGACCUCCAUAUGAUUGGGAAAAUGAUCCAGAUAACUUGUUUGAUGGGGGAAAAGGCGAGUAA